AUGCACAUUACACCACUGAGUGUGAACAGAACUAAAAACCAGACGAAGGCACGUGUAGCUGCGAAUCACGUGGCCGAGGAGACGUACGCGAGCGUGCCGCACUCCUUCAUCUUUCACCGUGGCCUGAUCGGGAAGAACGUGGAAGAGCUGAUGAUGGACAUGCGGCAUGUCAUGGAGCCAAAGAAAAAUGUCUUGAAAGAUUUUGUGACCGCAGCAGGACCUCUGGGAGUCACGCAUUUCCUCGUCUUCACCAAAACUGAGAACAGCGUUAACUUGAGACUGGCACGACUUCCUAAAGGCCCCACUGUCCAUUUCCAGGUUACAAAGCACGUAGACGGUGCACAUGAUGAAAGCUUUACACGUGAUCUCAGUCUGAAGGUGGUCCCUGUAGGCAUGAGCAAAGGCGUGAAGAAGCUCUUGCAGGAGAAGUUCCCUAACAUGAACAAACUGGAGGAUAUCAGUGAGCUGCUUCUCAAGGGUGUGAACCUUUCGGAGAGCGAAGCAGAGCAGGACGGCGAGCACAACAUCACCGAGCUGCCCCAGGUGUAUUCGUGCCGCGGGAACAUGAGGGCGCAGCAGAGCGCCGUCCGACUUACUGAGAUUGGCCCCAGAAUGACCCUGAAGCUGGUAAAGAUUGUGAAAGGCAUGGGAGAGGGCAACGUUCUGUAUCAUUCUGUUGUGACGAAGAGUGAGGCAGAGAUUCGGGAGAUCCUGAAGAGGAAGGAGGCGCGUCUGAAGGAGAAAGCAGAACGAAGGAGGAAGCAGGAGCAAAACGUCGCCCUGAAGAGGGAUAAACGAGACGAAAACAAAAAAAGGAGUCUGGAUGGAAUGAAGAGGAAAUGGCAGCAGGAAGGGGCUGCUUCAGAUGACAGUGAAGUGGAGGAUCCUGGGAUGCAGGACGACCAGCCGGAGGCUGAGGAGUCAGAAGAUGAGGCCGAGUAUUACAGACAGGCUGUCGGGGAGGAACCUGAUGAAGACAUGUUCCCCACUGCAAAGAGGAAACAUGCCCCAGGCAGGUCACAGAUGCCCUUUAAGAAGAGGAAACUGUCCAGAGCUCCUGGGGAAGAAAAAGCACAUCGACCCAAACCUACGGGCAAGGCUUCUUUUGGUGAUAAAAACUUUGCUGCUAGGAAAUUUGGCUGGAAGAACACUGGAAAAAACGCCUCUGGAAGCAGAGGAUUUAAAGCAGGAAAAAUGUCAGGGGCCAGCAACCGGUUUGGGAAGAGUAAAGGAGGAAAGGAUUUCGGAGGAAAGCAAGGGGAAAGGUUUGGGGAAAAGAAAAGUGGGCCAAAGGGUUUAAAGGGGAAAGGACAAAGAGCGAAAACCGGCUCUGCGUUUAAAGCAGGUCCAAGAGGAAGACAAGGAAAGAAAGACUUCAUGAAGAAGAAAAAGGAGAGAAGGUGAAGAUAAAACAUUAGGCAGGAUCUACACGAAUGCGACCUGGUGUUGAUGUUCAACUUCUAACCUGCUAAAGCAGCCUGAUAAAGACUGCAGUUUGUUAAAAAAAAUAUUUGUGCUUUGUAAAAAUGUUUAUAAAUGUUUAUCGCAUUUACAGCAAAUAAAUAAUGGAGUCUUUCAUAAAA